AUGAUAGCAGCACCAGAAAUACCAGCAGAUUUCCCCUAUGCUCAGGAUACAGAUACACAAUUCUCAUCAGACACAGACUUUUCUGAAGAUCCAGAUGGAAGGAGUUCAAAUUCUACUAAAGGAAAGGGUGGAAAGAAGGGCAAGAAAGCAGCAAUUGACAAAGGCAAGGGGGCAAAGGGGCCAGGUCGGAUAAAUGGCCAUCACCAGGAGAAUGGCAUGGAAAGCAUAAUGCUGUUUGAGGUUGUUAAGAUGGGCAGGAGUGCAACACAGUCUGUUGUCGAUGACUGGAUCGAGUCUUACAAACAUGACAGAGAUGUUGCACUCCUUGAUCUCAUCAACUUCUUCAUCCAGUGUUCAGGGUGUAAAGGUGUUGUUAGUGGAGAGAUGUUCCGCAACAUGCAGAACUCAGAAAUUAUCAGACGAAUGACAGAGGAAUUUGAUGAGGACAGCGGAGAUUACCCUCUUACUAUAGCAGGGCCCCUGUGGAAGAAAUUCAAGUCAAGUUUUUGCGAAUUCAUUACAGUCCUAGUACGACAGUGUCAGUACAGUAUCAUCUAUGAUGAAUAUAUGAUGGACACAGUUAUCUCCCUUCUCACCGGACUAUCAGACUCUCAAGUCAGAGCCUUCAGACACACCUCUACACUGGCAGCAAUGAAGCUGAUGACAGCCCUGGUGAAUGUAGCUCUAAAUUUGAGCAUUAACAUGGAUAACACCCAGCGCCAAUACGAAGCAGAGAGGAAUAAAAUGGUGGCCAAACGGGCCAAUGACAGGCUUGAGCUCCUUUUACAGAAACGAAAAGAGCUCCAAGAAAACCAGGAUGAGAUUGAAAAUAUGAUGAAUGCAAUAUUUAAAGGAGUCUUUGUACAUCGAUAUCGUGACUCAAUAGCAGAAAUCAGAGCCAUCUGUAUAGAAGAGAUUGGCGUUUGGAUGAAGCUUUAUAGUGAUGCCUUCCUUAACGACAGUUAUCUAAAGUAUGUUGGAUGGACAAUGCACGACAAGCAAGGUGAGGUACGACUGAAGUGUCUGACAGCUCUCCAGGGUCUUUACUACAACAGAGAGCUGAAUGCCAGGCUGGAACUCUUCACUAGUCGCUUUAAGGACCGGAUUGUUUCCAUGACCCUUGAUAAGGAGUACGAUGUUGCAGUUCAAGCAAUCAAGUUGCUAACUUUAGUUUUGAAUAGUACAGAUGAGGUAUUGACCCCUGAGGAUUGUGAGAGCGUCUAUCAUCUGGUCUACUCUGCACACAGGCCUGUUGCGGUUGCAGCAGGAGAAUUCCUCUACAAGAAAUUGUUCAGCCAGAGGGAACCAGAAGAGGAAGGGGCCCCAAAGAGGAGAGGCAGACAAAGUCCCAAUGCCAACCUCAUCAAGACAACAGUCUUUUUUUUCCUGGAGAGUGAGCUCCAUGAACAUGCAGCCUACUUGGUGGACUCUCUCUGGGAUUGUGGUCCUGAGUUACUGAAGGACUGGGACUGUAUGAUCAGCUUACUAUUAGAUGACCCGUUACCAGGAGAGGAAGCUCUUUCAGACAGACAAGAGACAGCUUUGAUUGAAAUCAUGCUGUGCACUGUACGCCAGGCUGCUGAAUGUCACCCCCCGGUGGGAAGAGGCACAGGGAAGCGGGUGAUGACAGCUAAAGAAAAGAAGACUCAGCUGGAUGACAGAACGAGAAUGACAGAGCUCUUUGCUGUGGCUUUGCCCCCUCUUCUGGCCAAGUAUGCUGUGGAUGCAGAGAAGGUGACCAAUUUGUUGCAGCUUCCUCAGUUCUUCGACCUUGAAAUCUACACCACAGGACGUCUGGAAAAGCAUCUCGAAGCCCUGCUCCGCCAAAUCAAGGAAAUUGUGGAGAAGCACACAGACACUGAAGUUUUGGAGACAUGCUCUAAGACCUACCACGCCCUCUGCAAUGAGGAAUUCACCAUUUUUAACAGGGUAGACAUUGCCCGUUCCCAGCUGCUGGAUGAGCUGGUAGACAAGUUUAAUAGGCUACUGGAAGAUUUUCUACAAGAGUGUGAAGAUACUGAUGAAGAUGAUGCUUAUCAGGUUUUGUCAACUCUGAAGAGGAUCACAGCUUUUCACAAUGCACAUGAUCUGUCAGGAUGGGACUUGUUCACCAGCAACUUUAAGUUGCUCAACACAGGAAUAGAGAAUGGAGAUAUGCCUGAGCAGAUAGUUAUCCAUUCACUACAGUGCACCCACUAUGUGAUCCUGUGGCACCUGGCCAAGUUAUCUGAAGGCAGCUCUCGAAAGGAUGACAUGAUUACCUUACGGAAACAGAUGAGGGCCUUCUGUAUGAUGUGUCAGCGGUACCUCACAAAUGUUAAUACAGCUGUUAAAGAACAGGCAUUCACCAUCCUUUGUGACCUCUUGCUCAUCUUCAGCCACCAGAUGGUGGCUGGAGGUAGGGAACAUCUAGAGCCUUUGGUCUAUUCCCCUGAAGAUUCGCUUCAGUCUGAACUGCUCGCCUUCAUCCUAAAUCACGUCUUCAUAGAUCAGGAUGAUGACACCAAUAGCACAGAUGGGCAACAGGAUGAUGAAGCAGUGAAGAUUGAAGCUUUACAUAAGAGGAGAAACCUCUUGGCUGGCUAUUGUAAACUGAUCAUCUAUUGUGUUGUAGAAAUGAAAACCGGAGCUGACAUUUUCAAACAGUACAUGAGGUAUUACAACGAUUACGGUGACAUCAUCAAGGAAACGAUGAGUAAGACCCGGCAAAUUGACAAGAUUCAGUGUGCCAAAACCCUCAUUCUCAGCCUUCAGCAGCUUUUCAAUGAAAUGCUGUCAGAGCUGGGACACGGGUUUGAUCGCUCCUCCUCUGCUUUCUGCGGAAUCAAAGAGUUGGCCCGUCGAUUUUCUCUAACCUUCGGCCUUGAUCAAGUGAAAACCAGAGAUGCCAUCGCCAUGCUGCACAAGGAUGGAAUAGAGUUUUCCUUUAAGGAUCCAAGUCCCCAAGGGGACGGAGGCCCUCCCCUCAACCUGGCAUUCUUAGACAUCCUCAGCGAAUUCUCCUCGAAGCUGAUGAGACAAGACAAGAGGACUGUCCACAUGUACUUGGAGCGUUUCAUGACGUUCCAGAUGGCACUGCAAAGAGAGGACUGCUGGCUCCCCCUCAUUUCAUACAGGAAUUCCCUACAGGCUGGUGGUGAUGACGACACCAUGUCUGUGAUGAGUGGCUACUCCAGCAGAGGCUCCUCGGUUCGUUCGAAAAAGUCCAAGGCUCCCGCUGCUACAACCGGAACGUCUGCAGCAAAGAGGAAGCUGCCAGAAGGUAGCAAAACUUCCGUUACAGAGGAAAGCAGUAGCAGUGAGGUGUGGCAGCAGAGCAUUCAGACCCCAGUCAUGUUGCCAUCCCCCCACCUCACCUCCACUGCCAUGCGAGACCCAAAAAGAGGUCGUGAUGAUAGCUACAUGGGUGUCUACGCGCUCCCACACGACCAGCCACAGCCCCACCAACACCCACAACAACAUCACCAACAGACACCUCAGCAUCACCAGACCCCCAUGGAUUACAAUUCGCAAGUGACGUGGAUGCUGGCCCAGAGACAGCAAGAAGAGGCACGUCAGCAGCAGGAAAGAGCCAUGAACUACGUCAAGCUCAGGACCAAUCUGCAGCACGCCAUUCGUCGCGGCACCGGCCUCAUGGAGGAAGACGAAGAGCCAAUUGUGGAAGAUGUGAUGAUGUCAUCCGAGGGUCGUAUGGAUGACCUCAAUGAAGGCAUGGACUUUGAUACAAUGGACAUUGACCUGCCCCCAUCUAAAAAUCGCCGUGAGAGGUCCGAGCUCAAACCGGACUACUUUGACCCAGCCUCUAUUAUGGAUGAGUCGGUCCUGGGAGUGUCUAUGUUUUAA